AUGGACCACGAGCAGCGGCGCCAGCGGCAGCAGCACAGUCCCAGAGGCAAUGCUCCUGGGAGCGGGAGGUGCGGCGCCUCGUCGAGGAAGCACAAGGGCGGCCGCGGCAAGGGCGGGGGCAAGAAGCCCAUCAAGGUGGUGUACAUCUCCAACCCCAUGCGCGUCAAGACUAGCGCCGCUGGUUUCCGCGCCCUCGUCCAGGAGCUCACCGGCCGCGACGCCGACCCCUCCAAGUACAGCCCCGAGGACCUCGCCGGCGCCUCCGACGCCACCGUGGCGGCGCACGACCUUGACUGCGCCGGCGCCCAGGGGCUCAGCCCCGGGGGCGCAGCGUCGUCCGAAACCAUCGUCGCCAUCCCCAGCCCUGCGGCGGACCACCUGCCCGACGCCGCGGCCAAGGCCGCGCCGCACGGCGGGGACUACUACGAGGAGGACGAGGACGAGGAUGGCUUCGGGUCGCAGCUGCUGGAGAGCAACUACACGGUGUUCUCGCCGCCGACGCUGCUCUAA